AUGUCUCGAAAGCAAUGUGUUUUUAAAUGUGACCAAUUUGGUUUACAUGCUGAAGGAUUAGAAAUGGAACCCACACCACAUAUACUGAAUGUGCUUUCUUCACAAGAUUCUGCCACAAGUUCACAUGAUAAUCGUAUAAGAGGUACAGUGAUUACAAGAAGGCGUAUGGCAAUUGACGCCCGUGGUUUAAUAACGCCUUAUCUUAUAAAAACGUUAUUAAUUUAUUAUGAUUUGUGUUACACCUCACACAAACGUAAAAUGUACCCAUACGAAUGCACGAGUACGGCGACAAUGCUCUCGCGCCGCCAUCUUGGCAGUGACGCGCUUCGCAUCUCGAACGUCAGUUGUGAAUACCGUUAUUAUAAAAAUUGCUUCAGCAAAUUGUCCAGGGGUGAAAAAAGAGGACAAUUGUGGACUGAAGAAGGCUUGAAAGCAGCAAUGAAUGCUGUUGAAAGAGGCCAAUUGUCUCGGCGUGCUGCAGCUUGCAGGCAUAAUAUUCAGCAAAGAAUAUUGAGGGAUCAUUUAAAGACGGGCACAAUCGUUAAGCUUUUGUGA